AAGAAGGAGCGAGACGUUGGCACUGCACAAACGUAGGCGAAAGAAGAAGAACACGUGAUUCGCGCUAACUGGUAGCAAGAUGGCGGUGGUGGUGCGGAGUUUGCAAGACCAGCUCGAAAAAGCCAAGGAAAGCUUGAAAAAUGUGGAUGAUAAUAUCCGUAAACUCACCGGUCGUGAUCCAAAUGAAUCAAGACCCGGACAGUUCCGUAGGAUGAGCGGCCCCAUGGCAGCCCUGGGUGGAGGUAGGGGCAGAGGACUCAACCUACUCAGGCGUAGUCUCUCAGAGAUUGGAGGCGGCGGGGGCCCCCCUGCCAAGCAGAGAGACAUCGAGGGAGCUCUGUUGAGGCUGGCAGGGGACCAGAGGGCCCGGAGAGACGUGCGUCCCGACAGCGACGCCGAGGAUGAUGAUGAUGUCAAAAAGCCGGCGUUGCAGUCGUCUGUAGUCGCUACCUCCAAGGAGAGAACACGCCGAGAUCUCAUCCAGGAUCAGACCAUGGACGAGAAGGGCAAGCAGAGAAAUCGGCGCAUGUUCGGCCUGCUCAUGGGGACGCUGCAGAAGUUCAAACAGGAGUCGAACGUCUCUUCAGAGAAGCAAAAGCGGCGCUCGGAGAUCGAGCAGAAACUGGAAGUUCAAGCCGAGGCUGAGCGGAAGAAGGUGGAAAACGAAAAGAGAGAGCUGUUCGAAGAGAGGAGAGCCAAGCAGACGGAGCUCAGACUCCUGGAGCAGAAAGUAGAGCUGGCUCAGCUGCAGGAGGAGUGGAACGGCCACAACAGCCACCUGCUGAAAUACAUCCGCACCAAGACCAAGCCCCACAUCUUCUAUCUGCCCGGGAAGAUGUGCUCCGCCAGCCAGAAACUCUUCGACGACUCCACAAAGAAACUAAAUGCUGUGUUUGAGGAGAGGCGCGAGGCGUUUGCCGAGCACCUCAGCAAGAUGGAGGCUCGCCCUCGGCGGCAGCCGAACCGAGAACCGGACGGAAACCCGGCCAGGAAGGAGCGCCCGGCGGAGGGUAAGCCCCCAGGGCAGGCAGGUAAAAGGGGGGACGCAGACAUGGAGGAGGAGGAGGACGAGGAAGACGAGGAGGACAGGGAGAAGGAGGAGGAGGAGGACAGGAAGGUAGCGGAGGGGGGGGAGAGGGAGGAGAGGGAGGAGGGGGAGAAGGAAGAGGUGAAGAAAGACGAGGAGGAAGGGAUGGAGUCGAGUGAGAAGGGGGAGAAAGAGGAGAAGGAGGCCAGUCCAGAGAUAGAAGAGAUGGAGGUGCAGACAGGGCCAGAGAGGGAGGAGGCCAGUGUGGGGGGGGAGAAGGAGAAGGAAAAGGAGAAGGAGAAGGAGAAGGAGAAGGAGAAAGAGAAGCAGAAGGAGAAAGAAAAGGAGAAGGAUAAGAAGGAAAAGGAGAAAGAAAAGGAGAAGGAAAAGGCCAGUCAGGAGGAAACCCCAGACCCCGGAGACAAAACCAGCCCCCCUGAGACGCAGCAACCCGUUGCCCCCGACAACGACCAGCCGCUGGACCCCCCCGAGGAGGAGGCCCCGGGACCCCUAAAGGAGCCCGCCAACCCCGGGCCCAUUGAGGGGGGCGAGCCCCCUGCUGUGAAGGGGACCCCCGAGGAGGUGCCCCCCCAGAAAGACGAGCAGGGGGGGGGGGCCAAGGAGGGAGAGAACGGAGGCAGAGGGAGGAAGAAGGAAAAAGGCUCUAAGAAGCUGCUCCACAGCCGAAGCAGCAGCUCCUCCUCUUCCUCCUCCGGAUCCUCCUCCAGCGGCAGCUCCUCCUCCUCCUCCGGCUCCAGCCGCUCCUCCUCCUCCUCCUCUUCCUCGUCCUCCUCGUCCAAUGGCAGCAGCCGAACGAGCCGCACCCCCGACGGAGGCAGGAGGAAGAGGAGGCCGUCGGACAAAGGCCGGGACAAGAAGAAGAAGAAGGAGGAAGAGGAGAGGGGCGGACACAAGAGAGGAGGGAGUAGUGGAGGAGGAGGAGGGAGGGACUCGAAGGGGGCGAAGGAGAGGAGGAAGAGGAGGAGCGAGGAAGGGCGGGGCAGGGUCUCCCGGGGCGAUAGGGAGCAUAAGGAUAGAGACAGGAAGGACAAGAGACGAUAA